CCGCUCGCUCGGCUCUCCGUUCCUUCGGCCGCGCGCGAACUUGUGUUGUGCGCGACGCGUCUCCUGACUACAGGCUGUGCUUCAGUUUUCUUUUUUUUUUUAUUAUCUGCCCUUGUCAUCGGUGUGUGAUUACGUUUGGUUCAGUUUUUUUUUCUGUAUUUUUCCCAACAACGCCCGAUACGUGGAUUAAUGAGAGCAACGAGACCCGAAGAAGCGGACCUUCGUCCCCGGCUGCUUUCGAGUCUUCUAUGAGAGUCGUCUAGGACAGCUGAAAUCCUGACGGCGACCGCGAUGUACUACGCGAGCUUCUUCCCUCCGGCGGUGCGGCCGUUCGACGGUCGUGGACCGCUGGACGGCGUGACGGCCGCCGCGGCGGCGGCCGCGCUUGCCGGCUCUGCGGGCGUUCGCGGGGAGCGAGGCGAGAUUCCGCUGGACCUGUCGCUCAAGCACGUGCGGCCCGACGGGCCUGAGGCCGCAGCCGCCGAGGAGCUUCUGCUCCUCGAGCAUCGCAAGCUGGCCGCUGCCUACGGCCGGCACCUGCUCGACCCGGCAGCAUUCCUGCGGCUACAGCACUACCAGCAGCAACGCAUCGCCGCCGACACCUUCCUGCAACAGGCAUUUGGGAGUGCCGCAGCGGCGCAGCAUCACGCCAUGGCCGCCGCCCGGCUGGGCUGCCUGGACCAGCAGGUGGCCUUCCACUCUGCGGCCACCGCCCGGGCAGCCGCGCCUUCGACCGCCGCCUUCCUGGAGCCGGCUGCUGCGUUGGCGCUCAGCAUGCGCGGCGCGGGCGCGCCCGCCCUUGCGCCAGGAGACCUAGCCCGGUCGCUGUACCCUCCCACCGCGGCUACCGCGCUACCCGCCGGCUACUCCUCCAUGUUCGCCGACAUGAUGCCCAAACCAGACCCGUGCCGCCUGGCUGACGACGCCAAGGCCGGUUCCUACCCUCGCGCCAACGGCGUGUCAGCCUCCGCGGCGGACAAGGCGACCUCCUACAUCGCGGACCCCGUGCGUUACGCAGCCGAGCACAUGCAAAGGCUGCAGGAGAGUCAGACGUCGGCCAAGUUCGCGUCCACGUCUGGCUCGGCGCAGACCACGAGCACUUCCUCUACCUCGUCUUCGACCUCAACGCGGGAGCACAAGAAGUCAUCCUCUUCUAACCGCCACACGACAGAUACGUCUACGUCGGCCACCUCUUCGUCGACGGCCACCGCCGCUGCAGCUGCCGCAGCCACAGCCGCGGCCAUCAACCUCCUGGGACCUAGGCCCUCGCUUGGCGGCGGUCUCAGCUCGGCGUUUGGCGAGACGGUGAAGAGGGAGGACUACCUCAACGCCGCCGCGCACCUUCCUUUCUACCCCGGAUGGGGCCUGCCUCCGAUCAUCCCGCCGCCAACGACGACGCCGCUCUUGACGACGCCGAGCCCGCAGAAGAAGAAGGACUCAUCGUCCCGCUCCUCGGAUAGAUCAUCGUCCGAUUCGCGCAACAACAGCCGGAGCAGCGGCAGCCACCACAGCAAGUCUUCGUCGAACAAGCGAUCCUCUUCUUCGGCCUUUGCCUCCAACAGUGCCGACCACCACCCACACCACCAUCACAUAAACGACGUGGUUGUCAUCGACGAAGAGCAGCGCUCGCGGCUCACGUCCUCUCUCAGGCUCGGCUCGUCUAGCGGCGGCCGGCCACCGCCGCCGCCAGAGCCGGAGCGCGCCAAGAUGCCCCGGCUGGAAGCGAUGCAGCCGCCGGAUGAAGCGAAGACUUCGCACGCCGGAACCAACGACGCCGGCAAACGACCGGCCGCUAAGAGCCCGCUAAGUCCGCCGCCUCUCAUUGCGGCGGUGCCGCCGGCGACGAGUCCCAAGACGGCAGAGCCCUCCGCGGCGCCGGGGGCCCUUCUGCUGAGCAAACCCACGCUGCCUGCGGCCUCGACGACGAGCCUGCACGGCAAGCACCACCACCACCACCACAGCAAGAUGACCACGCCGCACGACGAGAAACCGACGCUGAACUUCUUCUUCAGGGACCACAAGCCGGUUACAACGGCGGCGCCCUCGAGCGUCACCUCGGUGCCGCGCACUACGGCAGCGGAAGUCAUUGCGCAUGCGCACCAGGCGCACCUGCAGUACCUGCAGCAGCUGCACAGCAGCAACGGCGGUCAUGUGCUGCCUCCGUCGUCGGCGCUGCCGGCCAUGGAGGCCUCGGCGUUCGGCAUCACGUCGCCCGUGAAGGAGGAAACCCCUCGCUCGGCGCAUCACCACCACCACCUCCCGGCGACGGCUUCGACGCCAUGCAAGGACGCGACGGCGCGCGCCAAGUCCUCGCCUCCGCCGCAGCAGGACCGGGUCAAGGAGCCGAGGACAGUCGAGGCAACAACGGUGAGGAUCCAGAAGGAAAACGGCGGCGUUCGGUACUCGAUACACCCCAAGAAGCGCAAGCUCGACUCGGACGAGCAGUCACCUCCGGCUACUCCGUCAUCGGCGCCCGCCGUUUCCUCGGCGCCCUCCGAAGAGAACGCCCUGUCGCCCCGUGGUCGGCGUGCCUCGCGCAGCCCCGAACGCGUCGAGUCGUCGCGACGCCGACCCCAGAGUCACUCGGCCGACUCCGUGCUCUCCUCGCUGAGGCCCGAGCUGCGCCAACGCAGGAUGCAGUACCACGCGGUGCGCAGGCGCAAGCUGCGCUCAGGACUCGACAUGAUCAGGCGCCGCAAGAGGCCGGCGAGCACCAACGCUGCCAAGCUGGCCGGAAGGAACGACCGCAAGCCCUUCGGCGAGUUGAACUACAGCGCGCCUCCUGACCUGAGCAAGAUCCCUCUGAACAAGUCCACGGGGGAGACGGUCCUCCACCGCGCAGCCCGCCUUGGUCACGUGGACUUGGCCUGGUGUUGCCUCGAGUCCCGCGAGGGCGGCUCGGUCGAAUCGUGCGACGUGAACGGACAGACCCCGCUGCACGAGGCGGCCUCUCGGGGACACCUGCGCGUCGGCCGAGCCCUGCUCCAGUGCGGAGCCGACCCCAACGCCUGCGCACACAACGGAAGGCGGCCCAUACAUGACGCCGUGGAGAAGGGCCACGUUGAAAUGGUGCGGCUGCUGUUGUCUUAUGGCGCUGACGCUACGCUCACUACGGGAUCCGGUUUGUCUCCGCUCGAACUGGCCAGGUCACCCGUCAUGGUCGAACUGCUCAGAGGUUUCCUCUCUGACAUGGCCGGCGAGAGUAUCGACGGUAGUCCCGUGUUGCCGUGGCACUUUGCCGGCACGGCCUCUUUCAUGGACCCGAAAGACACCGGCUUCGACAUCCUGGCCGGCGCGCCCGCCGAGGACUCGGGUGACGACAUGCUCUUCCAAGUGAGCGAGUCGGCCCAGAUCGCCACAUACAGGCUCAGCCCGCACCUGGCCGGCACAUCGGAACAAAGCUGCAGCGAGUGCGUCCGACUGGACGACGUCCUUCAGCGCCUGCGCAUCUCGGCCGAUGAGUUCCGGCAGCGGUUCCCGGCCGUCGAGAUUCUCGCACUGGCCCCGCACGAACUGCGCGCCAAGACCACCACGCCGUGGCUGGACGCCGAGACGGCCCCGGAGUCGGGGGGCACACCGAAUGCCUCGUCCCCUCCUUCGCCAGCAGCGGCUCCCGUGCAAGCGCUACGGUUCGACGCCACAGUGCGCAGCAUCCUCGGUCUCCACAACCCGAUCCCGCGAUGAACGCAACGACGGUGUAACUCGACGCCUCCCCGUUCGCCACGUAGUCACCGCCACCAGAGUGUCGUCAUCGCAGCCCUGUAGGACCACCCUCCCGUCCACAGCUCGCCCGAGCGCACGGUGGGUACGCCGGACCACUGAAGUCUCCCGGAGGCCUCCGUCUGAGACAAACGCAUCCCCGCACCGACUGGCGCUGGCGCCAGGGAAGAGACACACACGCCGACACGCUCGCCACCAAUGUGCGCGCGGCUCGCGAAGCACGCUGUGCAGGCCCUGAACGAAACCGUGACGCGUCAACGCCGCGCGCAUGCGCGUGUUUGUGUGUCAUCAAAGGGGGUGAGCGCCGCGUGUCGUCUACGGACGCUUCGAAUCGGCACGAGGACGGCGACCAGCGAGGAAAGACGGUGGACAGCAGUCUUGGUAGAAGUUCGCGUGUGGGACGUUUGUGCGCGCGGAACGUUUCUCUCUUACCACCGCUGACUGUUGUCGCCGCUGCGGAGUGCCGUGGACGUUGUGCAAGUUCAGCGGACGAUCUUCUCGCCCUGUGGUACUUUAUCCGGCGCUGGGAGAGCGGUGCGGCGUAAGGCCACGCCGUGUGUGCGUGCGCUCGAGUGGUCUGCCCCAAACUGUUCGCCUCGGGUGUUAAACCGUGCCGUAUUCCAUUUGCAGUCAUUUUCUUCCCUUACACCUGUGAAAACUGGGCUUGCCCGCCUUCAAUGAGUGUGUCGCUUGUCUCCGCGUUGUGUGCCCUUGAUGGUGUUUUGCUGUGUGUGUACAUUUAGCUCCUCGAUGUGUAUGCGUUAAUGAUUAUUAUUAUUACGCGUCCGACGAUGCUCUUGUAAAGAAAGAAAGAGAGCAAGGGAAACAAACCGAGAAGGGCAUUUUAGCGACUGUUCCCCAAGCCGUUAUUUAUAUGUUGUCGUGCGUGCUCUCCGGCACAAAUAGCGCCAGAGUCCCCGAAGUUGCGCCCGCCUAUCUCUCGGCGUGAGCAUCUAUCUCUCUGUACUAUCGCGUAAGCGCCUGUUGAUGUUCCCGCGCGGAUAAUCCGCCGUCGCUGUCUCUACAAGGUGUGUAGUUGUUGCUUAUAAACUCUCUCUGUCUAACGAAAUGUCCAAACCGCCGCUUUUACACACCUACAAGUGCCACUCAUGUUUGCCCUUGUGGACAGGCCAAGGGGUAAGAAGUUUUUGCCCCGCUUGCCUGUAACGAAAACAGACGAAACGCCUCGUGUAUUUCCCUGCGUGUGCACCCGAUACUUUGUUGAAACGAAUACUUGAGAGUCCAACCGCGUACUCUAUGAGACACGACACCGUGUAACUAGCCUGGCCCCGCAUGAAUUCGCUGACCAGUCACCGAUAAUUACGUGUGCCUGGUUUGUUUACAUUUCACCCGUGUUUCUGUUUUUCUUUCUCUUAAUUAUCUUUUUCUUCUUGGCUACAAGCUUCGAAAGCACGCAACGCUGUUUUUUUUUUCUGUCCUUCUUUUGUGUCAUACAUGCUUCCCGGGUCUUGCACGAAAGAUGAGGUGCGCGAACUCUCGCUGCGCCGUAAACUGAGCAAGCACGUGUUAUGGUGAUCGUUAUGCUUAUCGCCCUUUGAAGCCUCCAGGUGGCGCCCCGCGUCGCUGGGAAAAACCAGUUGUCGCGGUAGUUGCAGCGACAGCUUCUCUUCUAAGUCCCCUGUUGUAGAACAGUUUUGACGGUGUGUCUGUGUGUGUGAAUGUGUCAGUCCAUCUGAGGCAAAGAAAUGCAACAAGCUGAACCGAGUUCAGAGUGAUCAUGAUCGAUGAAAUCUUUUCUCUUUCUUUGUCUCUGCGAGUGGGUCAAACGUUCUUCGCGAUGUAGCUUCAUACUUUGUCUGCGACUCAACUUCGCUCUCACAUCUCUCUCUUUUUUUUUUCGGCUUGAUUUAUCCUUCCACAAGCGCGUUAGCCGAGGUGCCAUAGGCGUCGCCCAAGUCAUGUAGUGUCGAUGUCGCUUCACACCUGCCAAAAAAAAAAAAAAGUUUGCGUCAAAUGCGAAAUUCUGUACGCUUAUCGUUUCUUUUCCUUGUGUUUCCUUGCUUUCUUUGAGAGCGAUUUGUUGCGUUUAAUUUUAUAUACCGUUUAUCGAAAAAACGUACACUAGAUGUGUGCUUCGGUAUCUAAUCCCUCGCCACUUCUCUGUUCUUGUCGCGCGGACGUUCUGAAAGGCAUUUAUUUGUGUAAAGUCCAACGCGUGUCGAUUGGCGUCGUUGUCAAAUCACUUCAAUUUUGCGAUGAAUCACGUACGCCCCGAAACAUUUAAUUUGACGCAAACAUGGAACUGCACGUGCGAGUAAUCGGCAGUUCCAUUUGUUCGAUUUAAGUCCGCUUUCGGGACUAUCAUGCUUGGGAGUUAAGUGGAAGAGUUUGUUAGUAUUUUUCCAGAGGAAGCAAUGUUCAACAUGCAGAACAAUUCGUCUUGUCAUUAUUUUCUUUUAAAUUUCUUCGCACAUUCUUGCCUUAGCUAGCGUUGCUUGCGUGUGCCAUUGACAAUGCUGCGCCUGCUUAUAGCUUCAAAACAUAUAAAGCCAGAAAGUUAAAAAAACAAACAAAAAGACGGAUAAUGUUGGACGUUUCUCGCGCAUCUGUCGACAUUUCAGUACUCUGAAUUCAACUGCCUUUGGCACACAGCUCUGCUGUCGUAGCUUGUUUAUUUAAAUUUUUUUCCCCAAUUCCUCGGCCCACGUGUAGUCUACGAAAAGAGAAAGAAAAAAAAAAGGCUACGUUGUCCGUGACUAUGUUUGCAGCGCGGUGUUCCGUUGUUCAAACUCGAGAUGGUUUUUGCACCGCGACCUUCGAGCUCCAUUCCAUGCUUUGUUUGUCUCGGCGAUGCUUUAUAUAAUACGGCCGCUUCUGUGGAAGAGCCGCCCAAAGAAACAGAGGGCACGUGUGCUGCCGUCACCUUUUCCCAUAUUGUCUUCAUAUCUUGAGACGCAAUAGGUACGGGCGAAGAAUAGUGAUUAUAUGCUAAAAAAUAUGUACUGGUUGCUGCCGCUACCUGCCCACGUUGUUCGUCCUUUCGGACCCUUGUUCACGUGCCUAUACAGGGACAGUUUCUGGGAAAGCACUUGAUUCAGUAUUUCCUUCAAUUUACUUCCCCCCCUUGCAGCUGUAUUUCGCUAUGGCGUUUGUACUCGCGUGUGUUUGGGUGUUUCCCUGCCGUGUAACACUGGUGCCACCACGAACGUCCGUACCGCGCGCAAAAUCGAGCACGCCUUUUCCUGACAUUCUUCGGCUAUCUGUUUGUCUUUCUGUCGUAUUGUGACGAUUGCAGAAUGCAUUACCGGGAGAGACAGAUAAAUUAAAAGUGACUGUUGUUGAAAACAGCCUUGCAGUCGAUUUCUCGAAUUUUUCGAAGUUUUUUUUUUUUUUUUGCUCUGCUGUUAAAGAGGUAAACUAGAAAGAAAAGCUUUUCCGCGUCUAAAAAAUCAGCGUGUUAAGAAAAUAACGCCGUAUGAAAGUUACUAUUUGAAGGAAUGUGACAGUUGGUGGACUGUGCGCUAUCUUUCUCUGGAAUUCUCUGCUGGGCUGUGUGCAGAAUGACUUUGAGGCGUGUUUCAAGUAGAUUCUGGUGACGUGCAUGUGACAUCAUCGCCCGCUGAUAGCACAGGCGAGGACCGUUGUAAUCAGAAUAAUGGAAUCCGAUGAAGAAAUACAGAUUCGACAAUAGAAACAUACCGACCGUCCUCACUGCCCAGAUUGCACGUCUUAUAGGGAGGAACGCUAGAAAACCUCACGUACUGCAUUGCUAUUCAAUGCCUCACGGCUUUCACGCUUGAUGAGAAUUUUCGGUUUGCUCUCAAUGUUUAAUCUGCUGUGACAGAACGAACCUCUUUAGGCCUUGUCGGCUGCCCAACUCUGGCGCAGCAUAGAAGGAUUCACCGCCUUCCAAUUUAUGUCGAUCUAUGGAAUUUCUACGAUGUUGAAGCGCUCGUGAUCGUCAGCGAUUGUCCACUGCUCAAUCUACCACCAACAACAUGCCUCAAACUUUGUGCAGGACUGCCAUUAGGCUCUUAUAAGCCUGCGUUCCCAUUGCGAAUGUCAUCGAUUGAUAACGCAGAAGCUGUGGCAGUGGCGUUAUCAAUCGUUACCCCUUAUGCUGCGAAAAAAAAAAAAAAUCGGCAAUUCGCAAACUCGACUUACCAGUGUGUCUCGGGGCUGAAAUUGGUCCUAACUGUCUGCUUAUUUAACAUAAACAUUUCCGCAUAUAGAAAUGUGCAGCCUCAAUCUCAAUUUGCCCUCAUUCAAUUCUUAAAAUUUGGCAUAAAUGAACAGUGGACUUUGGCAUACGACGAUGCAUCGCACUAAUUGUGUGUCUGUGUGUGUACAUAUGUACAACAUGUGUCUCCUCUCCGUGUUUCGGAUCUGUUCGUGUCGGCGUGCGUCUUCAGCUUCUUCUGCGAACAGACUUUCUUUUUCACUGUCUGCUACAGACGGCCAAUAGACGCAGCGAAAACUACGUGUGCUGCAGACGUGCUGCUUGCUUCUUUUUGUUUUUUUUUUGUUUUUUUGCCGGUCUUUGGAAUCGCUUGCUUUGCUGGCUGUAUUUUUGGAUGUAUUAUAUAUGAAUGUAUUUUGUAAAUAAUGCCGUGUAAAUAGGAAACAUCAGAAUGAUUAUAAUAUACUGUAUUCACCUGGAAAAGACGAUAAAAUGAAAAAAAGGUGUCCAAAUGAA